AUGAUUCCAAACAAUAGUGAGGAUCUUUUGGUUUCUAGGAAGGUACCUCCCUCAUCAUCAAUUCAAGAGGAAAUCACAAUUGAGGAGUCGAAAACAUCUACACCCAUCGAAAUUGUUGAUGAAGAUCCAUUUGAGAGAACAAUACAUGUCGAAAGAAACACACCACCCCCUCUGCAUAGAAGACCUUCCCAUGGUAACAGUACCACCUCAUCCAUUAUUCAUCCAACCACCAAACCAGAUCCAAUCUAUGGAAGGAGAAAUACUGUUUUCACAUUCGAGGAGUCACGUCAUGGGGAAGAACAUUUACGUCACAUGCCAGAAACACAAGAAAACAAAAAACCAAGAAUGUAUAAUUGUUCGAGAGGAUUGAGAAUUAGUCAUGUCCUGUUGGUUCUCUUCAUUAUUCAGGGACUCAUUGGAUUGAUUCCUUCUUUCAUACUAAUGUACACGUCUGGAAAUAGUGUUCUUUUGCGAGUUUCGAGAUUUCAAGCUCAACAAACUCAAAGUUAUGUAACAUUUGAAAUUGGAAAAAUCAUCAACACUUCAAAUCUGAUAAUCCAACAGGUAAAAAUGGAAGUAGAGAAUGGAUUUCCAUUGAAAAAUAUUACCGAGUGGGCAAUUUUUCUCAAAUAUCUCAGAUCAGUCUAUAUUCACAAAUCACCACUCACAACAAUUCAAUACGGAAAUUAUUUGAGGAAUUAUGCUGGAACACUGGAUAUUUCUACACCAUAUGUUCUACUGAUAAAUGGAACAGGAACUGCGAUGUACUAUUACCAUAUUUCAGAAAAUCCAUUUGAGAAUCCACUCAAAGACAACCUCUUUUUGUUUGUUGAGCCUUUUAAGAAUAUCACACAAGCUUGUAAGACAGGAAAGAGCAUUGAUUCUAUUGAUAUAAGCAUAACGAAUUUUAAACAUAAGGAUCAUUUAUUUGGAGCUGUUGCUGAGGUGUUUGCACUGAAAGGAUUGAAUUCCUUCCUGAAUUCUACUUCAAGAUCUUACAAUUUCAUUAGCUAUAGUUUCAUCAUGGAAACGAAUGGAAAUGUUAUUGCCUCAAGUAGAUAUAACACAACCAAGUUCACUGUCCAUACUGGAGAUGGUGAAAUUUUUGAAAUUGCUAAUUAUAUACAAGAUAAGGAGUUACUGAAAAACAUUACCUCUAACGUACCAAUCAGUUUGAAAUAUCGUGGAAAGAAUGUUGUGAUAACUCCAGUAGUUGAUCCAUAUGGAUUGAGUUUGGCAUUGGUUAUUGGAUCAGUAGAUGCAGAUAUAUUUGCAGAAAUUCUCUCAAGUGGUAUGACAUCUGUAGUGGUAUUCAUUGUUAUUCUCGUUGCUGGAACGUUGUGUCUUUUUGUAAUUGUUCAACUUUUCACACAACCCUUAAAUCAUGUUCACAAGAAACUCUCCAAGAUAUUGAGUGAUAAGAGUCUUGCGAGCGAAAGUGAUAAUACCAAAAUCACAACUGCUGGUCAAAUAUUCUAUGAUAUUGGAGAGAUGGAGAAUGGAAUUAAUUCUCUAAAGAGAGGAGUUUCAGCAUUUUCUAAAUUUGUUUCACCUACAAUAAUGAAAAAAGUGAUUAGUGACGAACAUUAUUUAGAUGUUGGAUUGACACUUCAAAAUAUGACAAUUCUUGUUUCUAGUAUUAAGGAUUUUACUCAAUUGGCAGAGUUAACUGAAACAUCAAUAUUUGUAUCUGUGAUGACUGAUUAUUUUGGAAGUUUAACAAAGGCAAUGGAAGAUCAUAGAGGAUUAAUUGAUAUGAUAAAUGGAGAUAGAUUACAAGCUGUUUGGAAUGAUUCGUCAAUGCCAGUUGAGGAGCAUGAAGUGAGAGCUUGCAAAGCUGCAAUGGAAGCUUUGGAGAUUAUCGAUGAAUUAAAUAUAAUGUGGAGGAAUGAAAGACAAAUUGAUAUUGAUCUCUCAAUUUACGUUAGUGUCAGCAGUGGAAAUAUGAUGUAUGGCAGUAUGGGAAGUGAGAAUCGAUUGAAUUUCACAGCUAUUGGAGAUGAUGUUAAUAUUGGAUCCAAGCUUCAAUCUUUGAAUAGAUAUUAUGGUUCCAAUAUUCUAAUCAGUGAGAAUACCUAUCAACAUGUGAAGAAUGAAUUUGUUUGCUAUUUUGCUGAUUACAUUUUACUAAAGGGAAAAGAAACACCAACAAGAAUAUACAGUUUAGAAAGUGCAAGAACUGAUGCAACUGAUUUACAAAUCAAAGUUUCUAAAGAUUUGGAACUGGCUCAAGAUUACAUGUUUCAAAACAAUUACAGAGCCAUGUAUGACAUUUGUGAAAGAUUAUCGCUCAUCACUCCAUGUAAAAUUGUUAGCAAUUUACUUCGAAAAUCCAAACGAAAAAUAGAUGCAAAAUAA